AUGCACGAGCUUCUCCUCUUCGCCUCGGUCCCGGUCCAUCAGCAUCAUGAGCUCCUGCAGCAGCUGGCGGGCCUAACGGCCAUGCAACCUCGCCACGCCCUCGAGCGUCGGCUCGUGUACAAGGCCUUUCGCAAGCCUGGAUUGAAUACUGGUCGCGUGGGUGGUAGUCAAGAUCUGCAGCAAGCUAAUGCGGCCGAUCUCCAACGGGUGAACAAGAUGCUGAAUGGAGGCAUGUUCUACACCCAAGUCGUGGGGCCGGUCUCGGAAAAGGAUUUUGCGGCCGCGCCCGUCAAGGUGACCGCGUCGGAGCUGGACAGCGACACGCAGAUGGCUGGCAUGGAGCUCUCCAACCCAUCCGCCUCUGUGCAGGCUGACACUGCUGCCACUUACGACUUUGACCGGCAACCUUGGAAGUUGGACUUUCGAGAUAUCCCCGAAGCGGCGACGCGAUCAGCCGUCACGACACGGGUGAUGGCCAGUGCUGCUCUGCCUCGCGGGAACAUCGAGCCGUCCAUGAAUGCCUGGGGCUAUGGCUUUGUGACAGAGUAUGUCGUUGAGGGAGAUAUCUUCAUUCACAAUGACAUCGUCAUCUUCUUGCAUCGCGUCCUGCACUAUCCCUCAGAUGAGAAAGAACCGAGAGAGCCUCGGCGAUCUCUACCAAGCUUGAAGAAGAUGGCACCUCUGGAGAAGACCGGCAGCUACGUACUUCAGGCGUCUAUCGCCGUUCAAGAUGGCAGCAAUCAAGAGACUAUGAAGACGGCAUCGCAGCACCUCCUUGGACUACGGGAGCAGCUCAAGUCUGCAGUCCGGUUGGAGCCAGCUGAUCGAUUGUCGUUGGACACGCGAGCCAAGUGA